AUGGGACAAGAGAACUGGACAAUGGUGACCACAUUCGUUCUCCUGGGCUUGUCCCCUGCCCAUGAAGUCCAGCUCAUCCUCUUCUUCCUCUUCCUGAUCUUCUACACCGUCGUCCUCCCGGGCAACGUCCUCAUCAUCCUCACUGUCUGGGGUGACCCCCGCCUGGGCUCCCCCAUGUAUUUCCUGUUGGCCAACCUGGCCUUCCUGGACAUCUGCUACUGUUCUGUCACCCCCCCAAAGAUGCUGGCUGACUUCUUCUCUCGCCGCAAGACCAUCUCCUACAUGGGCUGCAUGGCCCAGAUCUUCUUCCUCCACCUCCUGGGGGCGGCCGAAGCCUUCCUCCUUCUCACCAUGGCUUAUGACCGCUACGUGGCUGUCUGCCAGCCCCUGCGCUACACCAGCAUGGUAAGCAGGGGGGUCUGCUGGGCCCUGGUGGGGGCAUCUUGGGCAGGGGGCUUUAUUCACGCCAUCAUCCUGGUAGGGUUGAUUGCCCAGCUCCCGUUCUGUGGCCCCAACGUUCUGGACAACUUCUUCUGCGAUGUGCCCCAGGUGAUCAAGCUGGCCUGCACCGACACUGCCCUGGUGGAGAUCCUGACCUUCUCCAACAAUGGGCUGGUCAUACUGCUGUGCUUCCUUCUCCUCCUGGUCUCCUAUUCCCUCCUCCUGCUCAAGCUCCGGGCAUGCUCUCCCCGGGGCCAGAGCAAAGUGGCCUCCACCUGCAUCACCCACAUCAUCGUCGUCUUUGUCAUGUUCGUGCCGGCCAUCUACAUCUACUGCCAUCCCUUCCGCGCUGUCCCCCUGGAGAAGGUGGUAGCCGUGCUGCACACCGUGGUCUUCCCCCUCACCAACCCCAUGAUCUACACCCUCAGGAACAAGGAGGUGAAGUCGGCCAUGAGGAGGAUGGUUGGCAGAUAUGGGUCUUGGGGAAGGGAACUGAGCAAGUAA